CAACAUUCGAUUCUGCUUAUAGAUUAGUACUUAUUAAGAGUACUAAAGUAUUUAUUACAAGUAAUUACUACUACUAUUAUGAUGACGAUGAUUCUUACAGGACAAAAGAAAUUACAGUUACUCUAAUAGUACAGAUUAUUAUUUAUUGAGCUGAGGUGGUUUAUAAAUAUGGGAUGUAAAUGUAAUCCAUUCCUCCUCAUUAACAAAGGCUUGAUUUUUGGUUUUCCCUCCCUUCCUCAUCAUAACAUCAAUUCUUAUUUCCUCUUCUUCUCCUUCUUCUUCAACAAAAAGGAAUAACAACCUCCACAAGAAAUACCAUUUGGCCUUAUUAUUUAUCUCUUUCUUUUCCCUCUCUCUUUCCUUCUUCUUCAAACAAGAGAAAGAGAGAGGUCAUUCAUUCUUCCCCAACUUUGAUUUCAAAUGUAAAUCUUCAUGGCCUUCAUGGGUUGCUAUGAUAAUCAUCCUGGAAGCCAUUUGAUUUUAACAUUUUGAUCAAAAUCCAAUCCACGUUGGUUCCCCCUUAACACAAUUUCUAUGGAUGUUAUUGCAUAGGUGAAACCAAUAUGGAAAGCCAACCAAAUUCAGAAAUGGAAGCGAAAGUUGAAGAUAUGAAGGAACAGGGCGAAACAGAGGAAUAUAAUAAACAGGAUGGGGAAAAUCAAGAACAAGCAGCAGGAGGAGAAGAAGAAGAAGAAGAAGAAGAAGAAGAUACAAUGUCUGAAGAAACUUUGGAGCACCAGAAAAGUGGUAAUACUUUCGACCAAUCAUCACCGAGGGGUGUUUUCGAAAUACCCGUGUCAGGAAGUUCAGAUUCUGAUCACAGCAGCACUGAAAGGAGCAGUAGUUUUGGGUCGUCAUCAUCUUCGGAUGAGAAAUCUUCAUCGUUUAUACAUAAAGCUUGUUCUUUUAAGGAUGGUCAGAAAGUUGUGCAGUGGAAGACUUUGUUUGAUACGAUAAAGAGAAGGUCUGUGAGGAGGUUCUCUAUGGUUCCAUUGCUGGCCGGAGGACCGGAUUUUGGUCGGAAGAGUACGAGGAGAAAGCUUGGGAGGAACCGGAGUUCUGAGGAAAGCCUUGAUUGUGGGGAUAUGGUUAUACCAAAGCCUUCAUGGCGGAAUUUCAGCUUUGAAGAACUUUCUCAAGCCACUGACAAUUUCACCCCUGAUAAGUUGAUUGGGAAAGGAGGGCAUGCUGAAGUUUACAAAGGCAGUUUACCUGAUGGUCAAAUUGUUGCUGUGAAAAAAAUAACCAAGAAAGAGAAGAAUGACGAGGACAGAGUUGGUGAUUUCUUGUCUGAGCUAGGGAUUAUUGCUCAUAUCAACCAUCCUAAUGCAGCCAAGUUAAUUGGAUUCAGUGUGGAUGGUGGUCUGCAUCUUGUCCUACAAUUUUCUCCUCAUGGCAGCUUGGCUUCAGUACUACACGGUUCAGCAGAAAAUCUGGAAUGGAGAACAAGGUAUAAGGUUGCCAUUGGGGUGGCUGAAGGGUUGCAGUACCUUCAUUGUGAUUGCCAGCGGCGCAUAAUUCAUAGAGAUAUUACGGCCUCAAAUAUAUUGUUAACUGAAGAUUAUGAGGCGCAGAUAUCUGAUUUUGGUCUGGCUAAAUGGCUCCCAGAAAAAUGGGCUCAUCAUGUGGUUUCUCCCAUUGAAGGCACUUUUGGAUACAUGGCUCCAGAGUAUUUCAUGCACGGAAUUGUGAAUGAGAAGACUGAUGUAUUUGCAUUCGGGGUUCUGUUGCUAGAGCUUAUAACUGGUCGUCGUGCUGUCGAUUCAUCCAGACAAAGCCUUGUGAUGUGGGCAAAACCGUUGCUGGAGAAGAACAAUUUAAAAGAAGUAGCAGAUCCUCAACUGGGAGAUAAGUUUGAUGUUGUGGAUAUGAAGCGAGCAAUGUUUACUGCUUCAAUAUGUAUUCAUCAUCUACCUAGCUUGCGACCCACCAUGAAGCGGGUUGUUCAGCUAUUGAAAGGGGAGAAAGAGCCAUUGGAAGUGAAGCAGAAAUCGAUGGGGGGAAGAGCGCUGCUUUUGGACGCCUGCGACUUGGAUGAGUACACCUGUUCGACGUAUCUCAAGGACCUUAAUCGUCACAUGGAACUUGUUAUGGAGUGAUGAAAUGAUCACUUCAUAUGUUCCAUUUGAUGAUGCUGCUCAUCUGAUCCUGAUAUUGUCUGUGUGUAAAACGUGUAUGUAUAGAAAAGCCUCAAAAUCGAACCAUCCCCAUGCCUUUUCGGUUGUAACUGUCUUGGAGAGAUGAAAUUCACUGAAAAUGCUCUAUGUUGUUUAGCUGUGAACACCACAUCAAAUGGGGGAAAGAUUUCUCAUUUGUUUCAUCUUUUUCCCAAGGUUGUUUGGUUGCUUGUAAAGUAUGCAACAAAAAGAAUUGAAUCGCAACCGAAUGAAAUGAUGCAGGGUAGCCAUAAACACUUGGAUUAAAAAUUAUUGUUGCACUUAUGAUACCAGGGAUUGUGUUCUAUAACUACUUAUUAGGAUUAUCCCCUACUUCAACUUGCAAAUUGCGAUUUAGUUUGACAGGGAAUUGGCAUCAAUCGGAGAAGACAAGUUGACUCGGG